AUGUCGAAUUACGUUUUUAGGAAGUGUCCAAGUUUGUAAUUUGCUUCCAUUAUUUUGCCGAUGCUUACAUUAGCCUAGCAUUUUCCUAGAAGAAUUCCAUAAAAAUAUCAUAAAUUCGGCUUUUAUCUAACAACAUAUGCGAUAAAUACAUUGUUUGACUUCAUACUGCAUUAAUGUUUCAAUGAAAAGUGUUGGUUCAUAUCUAUAGCAACAGCCAACUUCAGUUCCUGAUUAAAGAUAAUAUCAUGGAAGAAGAUGAAAAAGAAAGUUUACAGAACAAAGAGGGAUCAGAAACAAAUAACCAGUCGUCUCUUGCAGAUAUUAAUUUAACAAAAGACAGCAAGAAUCAACAAACUAUAAUUUGUCAGAGAUGUUCUUCGAAAAUACUUAAACCAAAUAAUGCAACGUACGUAGAAAUCGAACACUUUCUUCCAUUUAUGCACCGCAAGUCUUCUCGUUCCGAAGUGCACGAAGGAGAAACUUUGCAGGAAUUUUGGUGCGUGGACGACAUUUAUACCUUCGAAAACGUAGGAUUUAGCAACACAGUCGGUUCCAUCAAGUACCUGACUUGCGCCGAUUGCGAGAUAGGACCCAUCGGUUGGCACGAUCUGGGCACCCGAAAAUCUUACGUCUCCCCUCAACGUGUACUCAAUUGCUAGAUUUUGUUCCCAAUUUCUCCUUUCCUCCUCUUUAAGUUCCUUGUCAGAUAAUAAAAAAGUGCAUUUUUCUAAGGACAAUAUCUUCUUUUGUAUGAAGUACCUGUACGCACGUGUCCUUCUAGAUAGGGACCAUUACCAAGGUGAUAAAUCAAUGUGCCAGAUCCUCCUCCACUUAACGAUCCACCGUCUUGUAUUCUAGAUAAGUCGUUAUAUACAAAAUAUAUAUAUAUAUAAAUUUCAAUAAAUAAAUAACAGCUUUAACAGGCUCCUUUCAUAGAUUGUUUGCUGUUUAGUAUUCGGUAACACGAUCCGCUAAUAGAUUUUUUUGGCCUCUAAACAGACAAACGAACGAACAAACAAUUGAUCCACGUUACAGAUCCUCGAAGUUUCAUUAAAAUCGUCGGUGCGAUGAAUAUAAAAAUGGUGUAACGGCGAAGUUCAGGAACUUUCAUUCCAUUCUUUAACUUCGUCUUCAGAAAAGCGGAAAGAAACAUUCUCUCCGAUAGAUUUGUUAAUCUAUUUUUAAUGUAGCCCCAUUUGUUAUACCCUAAAGAGUAAAUAUUUUAAUUGUAAACGGUUUAUUGAAUUGCUGCAGAACUAUUAAGUUUUGAUGGCAGAUUCGUGAUUAGCCAGACGUAACGGUGAUUUCUGCCAUUGAACUUUUUUUUGACUGUUUUAUUAAUGCACGAGACAAGUUAAGACAUUGUCUUAGCUAAUUUCGGGUGGCCUGGCCCAUAUACGAAUCGAUCGACACGAUACUCCUAUUACCUAUGGCAAAUUAUACCCGAAACACCAUAAUUUAUCCAUGCCGAGGUCUGUUUUUUUAUUGAUAUCCGGACUAUCCACGAUAAAUUGUGGGGUUCCGGGUAUAAUUUACUGUAGGUAGUACGAGUAUCCGUGCUGAUCGAUUCCUCUAUGGGCCAAACCGUCCAAAAUUAACCGAACAGUACCAUAAUUCGUCGCACGUUAACAAAUCCAUGUUGUGGUUUGCUGUUUUUAUUAUUGAUUUCUUAGCGUGAGAGAGAAAUGAUUGCUAUGGUCAGCUAAUUUGGCAUGUAUCCUCGUAUUACCUGUGGUAAAUUAUGGGGUUCCGAGUAUAAUUCACCAUAGGUAAUACAAUUUUGAGUCAGGAUGGAUUAUAAAUUACCGGAGUCCAGAACCUCGUGGGUAGUACGAGUAAUCAUGCUGAGAUUUAUUGAUUGAUUUAUUAACGCGAGGAACAAUUUUGGGUGGCCCGAUUCAAAAUGGAAUCGAUCAGCGUUGGUGAGGGAUUGAGAACAUGUAUGAAGUUCUGGAUGGGAUUCGAACCCGAAAAUAGUUCUAAACAUUUAUCCUCCAUUCUGUCCGGAGUAUUGUUGCUUAUAGAAGAGAAAAAA